AUGGCGAAUCUCUUCAUCUCGGUGUCUCUGCACGAGAAAACGGCAACGGCUCUAGCGGUGCGUCUCCGCGUUGAAGAAAAUCGGCGACAUCUCUCUCCUUCGGAGCGUCCUUCUGUUAUGGAUCCUUAUAACAGUCAACAUACUGUUUCGUUUAGUAACUAUGAAGAUAGUCCAGGAACAGAAGCCUCAAACUUUGAUGGAGCCACGGCUGUAGGGAAAAGUGUACGUCGGAAAUGGACUCCAAAUGAUGAUAUUGUCCUGAUCAGCUCGUGGUUGAACACGAGCAAAGAUCCUGUGGUUGGUAACGAGCAAAAAUCUGUAGCUUUUUGGACAAGAAUUGCCGCAUUUUUUGCAGCAAGUCCUCUGGUUGCUGGCUGGGAAGAGAGGGAGGCUAAACAUUGCAAGCAGCGAUGGCAUAGGAUAAACGAACUUGUGUGCAAGUUCUGUGGUGCUUAUGAAGCUGCUACUAGGGAGAAAGCUAGCGGCCAGAACGAGAACGAUGUUCUGAAGCUUGCACAUACAAUUUUUUACAACAACCACAAGAAGAGAUUCAAUCUGGAACACGCUUGGAAAGAACUACGCAACAACCAGAAGUGGUGCGAUGUUGCUACUGCUAAAGGGAGCUCGAAGAAGAGGAAGGGUAAGGAAGAAGAGGAAGUGGAUGGGUUUCAGUCAACGUAG